GACCUCCAAAGGUCCCUUCUAGCUCUAUUCUGAGUAGAAGAAGCUGACCACAGGAAGUGGAGCCUAACUGCUGAAAAGCUCGCCGAGAGCUUCGAUUUGUGCAGAGAGGAGGCGCCGCCCUGCGUCAGCCGAGGCAAGGCGGGAUUUGUAACACUCCCUCGGCCCGCCUUAGCGGCCAAGGCGCGAGAAAGUCACCGUUGCCGGCAGCAUUGGACCUAGGUUCCCGCAGGCUGCAGUGCCCUCCCAAAAAGAGUCGGGCCUUGUCGGGCGCAGAAAAGACCCUGUAUUGAAAUCCAGGCUACACCAGUCGUGCCGGAGAAAGGUGGACGGAAUGAACCUUCGGCGGGAGCCCAGCCGGGCACAUUGGCGCGAGUCGAGAGGGAUGGCCCGCCACAGCACGACUCUGCAUCUCGUGGCAGGCGGGUUAGGUGGAACAGUAGGAGCCAUUUUGACUUGCCCUUUGGAAGUGGUGAAGACCCGCCUACAGUCCUCCACCUUGACCCCAAGGCCUGUAUGCCUACCUGCAGUGCAGUUGCAAGGAGUGAAUGGAACAUUUGUCCGCCCAGGACUCCCCAGAAUUGGCUUCCUUGAACUACUAAGAAUCAUUCUGGAGAAGGAAGGUGUUCGCUCUCUGUUUCGAGGCCUGGGGCCUAAUCUUAUUGGAGUUGCUCCUUCCAGGGCCAUUUAUUUUGCUGCAUAUUCAGGAGCUAAGGAGAGACUCAACACGGUGUUUAUGCCAGAGUCCAAGAAAGUCCACAUGAUAUCUGCAGCCUGUGCAGGCAUCACAUCCGCCACUUUGACAAAUCCUAUCUGGUUAGUGAAGACUAGGAUGCAACUGGAGCGCAGGGGCAAAAACGAGAGGAGCACCAGUGGCCUUCAGUGUGCCAUGCGCGUCUACUACAGAGAAGGUCUGCGUGGCUUUUACCGUGGAGUUACUGCCUCCUAUGCUGGUGUCACUGAAACAGUGAUCCACUUUGUGCUUUACGAGGCUUUGAAGCAGCGACUCAGGGAACAUCAGCUGCUGCUGACUCCAGCAGUUGUCUUAUCACCCAACAGCCAAGACUUCUGCGGUCUGAUGGCGGCAGCGGCUGUCUCCAAAACAUGUGCCUCGUGCAUUGCCUAUCCACACGAGGUUGUUCGGACACGGCUACGUGAGGAGGGAUAUCGUUAUCGCUCUUUUGUGCAAACUGUCCAGCUUGUGGCCAGAGAAGAAGGCCCCUUAGCUCUUUAUCGUGGACUUUCAGCUCAUCUCCUUCGUCAGAUCCCCAAUGCUGCAAUCGUUAUGGUUACCUAUGAGCUGAUUAUUCACUUGGCAACAAUAAUGUGAUACCUUUCUAUUCUUGCCAGGUGGCUUAAGCUGUUCAAGGCUUUGAAGGGUAUAGUGGCUUAACGGGUACACUUCCCCAUUCCAUUACAGCACAUAAACCCUGUAAGAAAAGCCUAAAAAGUUAGGAGCCUUCUGUAAUGGGUGGUUUUGAAGGCUUUAUAAGUGAAAGACAUGUUCAGCUGCUCUUGGCCUUUACCAGACAUAUAAAGCCAUAGACAAAGGAGCACAUACAGAUCACAAACCUGGAUAGAUGUGGAAUUUGCUAUGUAGAAAUGUUUCAAAGAAAACAUCUCUAGUGGAUGUUUCCAGGGUCCCACAGGCAAAGUGAUCAGUAUACCCAUCGUGCGGUUUGGUGCACUGAAAGUGUUAUGCUCUACACUUCCUAGAGCUGGAGCUGAUCUGGUCAACUGAGUGUGAAAAUAAGAGUUUUUAAGAAAAGCGGUACAAAGACGACUGGGACAUUUUAUUGGAAGGAGAUAAAUGAUUUGGAUCUCAAAAUUGAACUCUCCAUCUGCACCAGCCAGUGAUCAGAACUUUACAGAUACAGCAAUGUUUCUCUUUUGAGCCUACCAGAGCAGCAAGUUGCUUAUCUUCUAAAGCAGGAGUCCCCAGCCCCUGGGCUGCGGCCCGUUCAGAACCGGGCUGCGCAAAUGGUGGAUGGGAGCCUGCACACAUGAAGCUCCAUUUGUGGGAGUUGUGAGUGCUCGCCCUCAUGUGCGAAGCCCACCACUUGAACCAUCCCCUCCCCCCACUGCUGGUCCACCAAGCCAGAAAAGUUGGGGACCACAGCUCUAAAUAUUGGCGGGGAACUUGUGCCUUCCCACUCCAUGUUUUUCUCCAUGUUCAUAGGAAACAUAGCGACAUUAAGGACUGCAAAAUAAUUUUCUUGAGAUAUCCUGUUCAUGGACUACCUUUGUGUUUAUCUUCUGGGACUUUGUUUACAUUUCUUGAUUGGUAGAUUUUACCUCCCUAAAAGGAAGGUAAAAAAAAAAUCAAGUGGAAAAGAAAUACGUUGGCAGCUACUAUGCAAAAUUCUCCAUGUGGGAGAGAGAGCUGUACAACAUUGGUGAAGAGAAUAUCCUGUAAUCGGAAUCUGGCACAUCUUCCAGUUGAAAGUUUGUGCUUGGAUUUCUGUCUGUAUGAGUUCUUUAAAGAUGCAAAAAAAAAAAAAAAAUGAAUAAAAUUGCAGUUUU